AGCGCACGGCCUAACGGCUGCGUUGGAGGUGGAGGCGGUGGCGGCGGCGGUGGUAACGGCAGCGGUUUCGUUGGCGGCGGCGCUGAGCCUGGCUAACGUGGCGGCUACAGGUCACGCGGCGGCGCCUGCGAGGGGCCAGGGCCGCGGGUGGAGGCGGGAGGCCCUCGGCAGUGGCGCUCGGCGAUGGUGGGCGUCCCUGGAGCGGCCGCCUUCCAGCUUGGUCCAGAGAAAAGGGUGCCAGCAAUGCCUGGAUCGCCUGUGGAAGUAAAAAUACAGUCAAGAUCUUCACCCCCCACCAUGCCACCCCUCCCACCAAUAAAUCCCGGAGGACCUAGGCCAGUGUCAUUUACUCCUACAGCAUUAAGCAAUGGCAUCAAUCAUUCUCCUCCUACCCUGAAUGGUGCCCCAUCACCACCACAGAGAUUCAGCAAUGGUCCUGCUUCUUCCACAUCAUCUGCACUAACAAAUCAACAAUUACCAGCCACUUGUGGUGCUCGGCAGCUCAGCAAGUUGAAACGCUUCCUCACCACUUUGCAACAGUUUGGCAAUGACAUCUCACCUGAGAUUGGGGAGAAGGUGCGGACUCUCGUUCUAGCGCUGGUGAACUCAACAGUUACAAUUGAAGAAUUCCAUUGCAAGCUCCAAGAGGCUACUAACUUUCCUCUUCGUCCUUUUGUGAUUCCAUUCCUUAAGGCCAACCUGCCUUUGCUGCAGCGAGAACUGCUGCACUGUGCACGGGCCGCCAAGCAGACCCCAUCUCAGUACCUGGCUCAGCAUGAACACCUCCUGCUCAACACAAGUAUUGCAUCACCUGCUGACUCUUCUGAGUUGCUCAUGGAAGUGCAUGGAAAUGGAAAGAGGCCCAGCCCAGAGAGGAGGGAAGAGAGCAGUUUUGAAAGAGACACAAUUCCUCCUGAGCCUCCUGCCAAGAGAGUGUGUACCAUCAGCCCUGCUCCUCGGCACAGUCCAGCCCUCACUGUACCCCUCAUGAAUCCUGGGGGCCAAUUCCAUCCUACUCCUCCUCCUCUUCAGCACUACACAUUGGAAGACAUUGCAACUUCACAUCUGUAUCGUGAACCCAACAAGAUGCUAGAACACCGAGAAGUUCGUGAUAGACACCAUAAUCUGAGUCUAAAUGGAGGCUAUCAAGAUGAGUUGGUGGAUCACCGUUUGACAGAAAGGGAAUGGGCUGAUGAAUGGAAACAUCUUGAUCAUGCCCUGAAUUGCAUCAUGGAAAUGGUGGAGAAAACAAGGCGCUCCAUGGCAGUUCUGCGGCGCUGUCAGGAAUUCGAUCGUGAAGAACUCAACUACUGGAAAAGACGAUAUAAUGAAAACACAGAGAUGAGGAAAACAGGGAGUGAGUUGGUCUCCAGACAGCACAGUCCUGGGAAUGUAGAUUCUCUCAGCAAUGAUUCACAGCGGGAAUUCAGCAGUAGGCCAGGAACAGGAUACGUACCUGUGGAGUUUUGGAAGAAAACUGAAGAAGCUGUGAAUAAGGUGAAAAUUCAGGCCAUGUCAGAAGUACAGAAAGCCGUUGCUGAGGCAGAGCAAAAAGCCUUUGAAGUGAUUGCAACAGAGAGAGCUCGGAUGGAGCAAACCAUAGCGGAUGUCAAACGGCAGGCUGCAGAGGAUGCCUUCCUCGUCAUAAAUGAGCAAGAAGAGUCAACAGAGAACUGCUGGAACUGUGGCCGCAAAGCCAGCGAGACUUGCAGUGGUUGCAACAUUGCCCGGUACUGCGGCUCUUUCUGCCAGCACAAGGACUGGGAGCGGCACCACCGCCUCUGUGGCCAGAACCUGCAUGGCCAGAGUCCCCACGGCCAGAGCCGGCCUUUGCUUCCUGGAGGGAGGGGCUCCUCAGCCAGGUCCACCGACUGCAGUGUGCCAAGCCCAAACCUGGACAAGACCUCGGCAACCACCUCACGCUCCUCAACACCUGCCUCUGUGACUGCCAUCGACACCAAUGGACUCUGAGCCCCAGAUUCGCUUCCCCUGAUGAGCUUAUGGAAUGAAAAGCAUAGGCUGGCUGUUUGAACCCUGACAAGUAGCUGUUGGCUCAUCAGCAAGAAGUGGAGUGGAGGCAAGAGAAGAGCAAUCAAACACUGCGUGCAUCACAGCCUCUCCAGACACUUGCCCCAGCUUCCCGUCUGUGUCCUUGGAGGAACUAGUAUGCCAUUCGCUCUGCACACAGGCAGCUGGCUGGAGCUCCUCCUCCAUGGCUUCUUGGUUUGUUCCCAUCCCAGCUGAGGCUGGCAUGGCCAGGUCCUUUUCAGUGUAAACCAUCAGCUCCCCACACUGCCUCCUACUCCACCGUCCUCCCACAGCAGAGGCCUGGAGGCUGACAGCAGGCUGUCGGGAAGGCCCCUCUCACCCCCAGCCGCUUCUGAAGCCCCAUUUCCACCCUCAGCUGAUGCCACUGAUUGGCCCCACCAGGACUUGGGCAGGCAAAAAGCAGCACUCAGGACUCCCUCCUCAACUCUGCUGUUCAGACUUGUUAAGAUUAUCAGAAAUCACAAGAAAGAAGUCACCUCUUUAGCAAAAGCACCUGUAAUAAUAAAAAAUAAAUAAAACUUCCACCAAGCAUCACAAAUCAUUUUGGACAAGAUUUUCCAACCUGGUUUGCUACUUUAGUUUGGAACCCAUUUUUUUUCUCUCUUAUUUGAUUUUGCUUGUGCAGAAAAUAGUUUCAAGCACAUGGAUUGGUCUGAGGGAGAAAGAGACUCAAUUGUGGAUAGUUUCUUCUCUCUGAGCAUGUUGGCCAAACUAAUAUCAUCAAAUUACUGAAUGGAUGGAUCAUCUCUUAGAAAUGCAGAACCUUUGAUCACCGCUUGGCUAUUGGCACAGACUUGUUCUGUGUCACUUCAUCUCAUCCCAUGCAUGUCUAGAUCAUCGUGUGGAUCACCUUCCCAUGGUCUCUUUGGCACCUCUUAAGCCAUAGCUGUCCCAUGGGAUGGGAUGUGUGACUAGGACUUGCCUCACCAGUCAAGGCCUGGUUAUAUAUGAGCAGCCCUCCUAGACCAAAAGAAUUCUUCAAACCUCACCAUUAUACAUACUGUGUCAGUUUAUCAUCAGGCGUAAAAUCUCAGUUUACCUUU